UUAUUAUAUAUUUUUGUUUAAGGUAUCUAAUAUUCUAUUCAAAUGCGGCCCAGUGCUCUCUUAUGUCCUGGAUCCGCCGCUAUUUGCAUGCUAGCUAGAAUAUAUAUUUUGUUUUGUUUUAGUACAUUGUACGUAUAGUAGAUUUGCAACAAAGGCAUGAAAUCAUCUGCGAUCCAGUUUAGUCAAGUGAUUGAAUUACAAUCACGAAUUUAUGGGAGAAGAUAUACAUCUUAUUGCAACUUUGAUUCCAGAAUCCAUUUCCACUCCAUAGCCAAAUCUCAAUGUGACACCACGAUGCUGAUUGGCAGCAGAAAUUGAACUAUUUGAACCCAUUUCAUUAGUUUUAAUUUCUUGAAUUGCUAUAAUUUAAUCGUGAAGAUGGGUGGGAAUAAGUUUUUUCAAUUGCUAUUCUUAUCAUUUAAUCAUAUGAGGAUGAAUGGGAAUAAGUUUUAUUUUCAAAAGCAAGCCCUUGUGGGCGUGACUAGGCAUUUUGAUUUUCAUCAUAAUUGCAUUAUGUACACAUGGCCAUGGUGCAUUUUCCAACUUCGACAUGAUAUAAAAUUUAGAAAAUUCACCACCCAAAAGAAUAAAUAAAUAAAAUUUUGAAAUAAUAAAAAAAUUGAAUAUAUGUUAAGGAGAAAGAAAUGGAAUAAUGAGAAAUGGGCAAAAAAGAAAAGUGGGAAUUGAAAGACAUAUGUAUGUGCACAACUUUGCAUCUUCUAGCCACGGAAUCGAGAACCCAAGCCAAAGAGAAUAUAUAGUCUUCCUCAUAAGAAAAUUGGAAGUGGACACGUCUUUAGUAAUUACAGGAACUAUAAUUAGCUUCAAUAAUGUUAACAUAAAACUAUAAUCAAGCCAUCAAAUUCAAAGUUUAUUUCUUUGAUUGAAAGUAAACAUCAAUCAUCUAAUGUUCCCAUUUUACCUUAAAAAGGGAACAUUAGAUUUUUUAUGUUUACUUCCACACACCAUGUAUCAUUUUGAAUUCAUAAUGUAAGUAUAUACGAUGAUGGCAUGAAUCGGAACCCAUAUGAUAUAAUGUUGGUACAGAUGUAUAUUAUCGUUGUAUUAAUGUAUCACAUGUUCGUACCAUCUCUUAUAUUGGGUGAUAAAUCGAAGAGAUAUAAAAUGGCAUGUCAACCACCAACGUCGUAACUCUAGAGAAGAGAGAUCGGAAUAUUCGAAGACGAUAUAAUAUGGAAAGUGGUGAUAUCUUCAAGCUCUUGUUCGAGAUGAUGAUAAUUGGAACUAGGGCUGUCAGUCGGUCGGUUUCGGUUUAACCGAAAACCGGAAAGUCGGUUUUUGGUUAAGCCGAGCGACCCCCUAGCACCACCGACCAUCGACCGACGAGUUUCACACGGUCACCGCCUAACCGACCGGUCGGUUAUCGGUUAUAACCGCGGUUAGCCGAAUUAAAUACAAAAAAUUAAAAAAAAAAGAAAUAGAAGAAAAGUCGGUCCACCUCCACCACACCUUUUCAGACCCACCUUAUCUUCUUCUUCUCUACUCACCCAAGACCCUCUGCUAACCGAAGUCUUUUCUUCUCCCCUCUCUCUCCUUUGCCUCUGCUAACCACCUAAGCCUAACUCUCCAUCUCCAACCAAGACCCUUCUUCUCUCCUCUCUCACUUUUCUUUUCCUUCUGCUCGGGGACCCUCCAUCUCCAACCAAGACCCUUCUUCUCUCCUCUCUCACUUUUCUUUUCCUUCUGCUCGGGGACGACCGAUGGACGCGGUUCAUCUGCUCGGGGACGGCGACGGCGACGACGGAUGGACGGGAAAGAGGAAGGAUGGAGGCGGCUGCGCGAGGCGACGCGAUGAGGACGAGAUCUGGACGAGGCGGCUGCGCGAGGUGGCUGCGCGAGGAAGGAUCUGCAUGGCGGCGGCCGGCGAGGAACGGAGGAAGGCGGCGGCCGUGAGGCAACAAGGAAAGGAGUUGGGCGGCGGCCGUGAGUCGUGAGGGUGAGGGUUUGAUGAGGGGAUUUAGGGUUUCAGUUUGGGGGUAUGGGUUUUUCUUUUUUAUGUCAUUUAUUUUGCAGGGAGGGGCGGAGGGCAAUAUAUGAGGGUUUGUCGGUUUGGUUCGGUUUUUUCGGAUAACCGCGGUUAAUAAUGGUCGGUUGCUCGGUUAUCCGAAGCCUGCUUAUUCUCCUCCGUCCACCGACCGAAGUAAUUUUAGUCUCGAUUUUCGAUUAGCCGAAAACCGAUCGGUUCGGUUGUAACUGACGAUUAUCCGCUAACCGGAAACCGAACUGCCAGCCCUAAUUGGAACUAUAGUUUCCCACUACCUCGAGCAAAGACUGUAAAUGACGGCCAUAGGCUGUAGGUGGUUUCCUGACGUCAUUAUUGACGUUGCCAUGAAAAGAAGAAAGAUAUUUUUAUUUUAAUAAUGGUGAUACCUCUUUAUUAAUUAAAAAUACAAAAACAAAGUUACAAGGAAAAGAAAUUCUCAGCGACAUUUGGGACAUGCCCAAAAUUACAAAGAUAUAUUAUUGCAACUCGGAGAAUACUUCGCCUUCAAUCCUGUUCGUUGAAUCUCCUAGAAUCUGAUGAUUGAAGUUACUAUAUACAGUAUAUAUAUAUAUGGUGACUACUUCGGUGCACUCACAAAAAUGAGUGCACUCAAUGCACCCAACUAAAAGACUAGUCUUAAGGUGUCGGAUUUUGAAUUUUAAUUUGUAGAAUUAGUGUAAUAAGAUGAUAUAACAGAUGAUAACAACUAAUUAGUGGAUUACCCUAAGCCAUAGACCUCCAAUUUUGAGUUCUAUCCCUAAACCCCAAAUUGUAAACUCUAACCUUAACCCUAAAUCUCUAAACUCUAAAUCAUUCAAUUAAAGUAACUCUUCAAUGGUUUUUGUGCAAAUUCAUGUGCGUUAUUGUUCAUCACAUCAUAAGUGAUGAAUGACAUCAUUUUGACAUAAAUCGCAUGUUUAAAAUGACGGUUAUGAAGUGAGUGUACUGAAUGCACCCAAAAAAGUAAGUGCACCGAAGACGCCACCAUAUAUAUAUAUGGUGGUGGCGGCUAAAAAUUUAAAACAUUAUUUUUCACGUUCCAAAGAAACAAACACAAACCGAUGCAAAGUGUUGUUGUGAAUGCUAGUGAUCAAGAAGAGCAUAUAAAAUCCUUAUCAGCAAGAAAGUGAAAGGAAUGAAAAAAAGAAACGAAAAGAGUGGACACUUUGGGAUUGUUCUGUAUGUGCCCAAAGUGGAUUAUAGAUUCUUGACUUAGCUUACUCAUCUUCUUCUUUCUCCUAGUUGUGGAUAUGAGUCCACUAGUACUCUUGAAUUUGGUCCAUUUUGGAUGAAGAGGUAAGGUAUGGGUUUUUUUUCUCCAUCACCCAUUGCUGAACUCAAUUCACCAACAACCAUUCGCGGGAGAAAUCGUCAAUCGAGCGUUGAUGUUGUGUCUUUGCGUAGAGAAGAGGUUGAUUUGCCACCGCCGAAGCCUGCUCCAGUGAACGCCGGUGGUCAGGAGCUUCGCGAUGAGGAGUCCGGCGAGAGGCGGGAGUCCGUUCAACGUGGGUAGGGUAUGGGUUUGUAGAAAUUUAUUUAGAUUUUUUUAUUUUUGUAAUAAUGAGGUGAAAAAUAUAAAAGUUUAUUAUUUAUUUUAAUAAUUUUUUAGUUGCCACGUCACUAAGUUAACGGUCAACUUUGAGAGUUGACUGCCACAUCAGCCAAAGUUAACGGAGUUGGACGGAGAGUGACCAAACGUUAACGGUUUCGAUAAACUGAAGUACCACCAAUGAAUUUAAAUAUUUCGA